AUGUUCUACUCAAAAUACUUUGCUUCCAUUGUCCUCCUCCUGGGAACAAGCCUCGCUGCACCACUCCGGGCAGCAAUCGGAAACAGUGGAAAGCACCUCAAGGAUCUGGAUAUUGAAGAAAUCAUAAAGUUCUACGAGUCCACUUAUGCAGUGGCAAGCCCGCUUGUCAAGCUGGCCAUUAUAUGUUUCUAUCCCUGCUUGUUCAUCAACUCUGGGUUCCGCACUGUUGUCAAUACAUUAUUCAUCUUGUGCAUAAUAUGGGCAGCUGUGACUAUACUGGGUUUCGCCCUUCGGUGUCGGCCACUUACCCAACAGUGGGAUAUGACGGUUUUCGGUACAUGUGAUGGUCAAAUUGCAUUUAUUGAAUCCAUUCAAGGGAUUGAUAUCUCCCUCGACGCUUCCAUUUUCGCCAUGCCUUGGCCCAUGAUUUGGAAGCUGCACCGCUCUUGGCAAGAUAAGAUUGGGCUUUCCGGUAUAUUCCUGCUCGGUGAAUUCGUUGUUGGUGCCAGUAUCUACCCACGAUUCGGGGUCUUUCCAUCUUCAACGCCAAAGAAAGAAGCUCCGAGCCCUAUCCUAAACCGAAAACGUUCGGCAGUUGGCGAGAAGCACUGUUUGAAGCACAAAACCCUCGAUAUAAUAACCCUCUUCCACAAACCCUCCCUCCCCUCCUCAACACGCGUUCUCAACGUCCUCCGCACCGCAAGCGCAAACGCCUCCGAAGCCUCAAACGCAACCUUGGACCAAGCCAGCGACCCGUCUUCCUCUCCAACACCAUCCGGCAGCUCAUCCUCAUCAGUGGCAGAUGGCCCGCUAAGAGACGACUUCGAAAUCGAAGUAACCGAAUCCCUACCUACGAAGGAUCAAUUAAGUACGAUUAUUGAUUAUUUAGCAGCAAAGGGAGUGAAGCCGGGGGCUGCUGUGCAGGGGGCUGUGGGGAAGGAGGAUGCGUUGAGGAAGUUGAGUGAGAGUGGGUUUAGGAGGCCUAUUGUGGUUGACUGGAGCAACGGGAAAGCUGUGAUAGGGGACAACGAAUCGGAGAUUUUACGUCUUUUGAGAAAGGGGGAUGAAUCGAUUUAG